AUGAGUAUAUUAGAGCAUUCUGAAAAACGUAAAGCUGAUGAAUCUAACGAAAAUGUUCCACAAAAAACAAAACAGCAAUGCUUAGAAAAGUUCUUUACCGCGAAACCAAAAACACCAAAGAAUGAACCCAUUGUACAAUCUAACACUGUUUCCAAUCAAAAAAAUUCAAUGUUUGAUAAAAAAAAAUGGAUCGACGGUUUGACAGGAGACCAAAGGAAAUUACUACAACUAGAAAUUGAUACUAUGGAAGAUUCUUGGUUUGAAGCUCUUAAGGAUGAAUUCUUACAACCAUAUUUUUUGAACUUAAAAAAAUUUCUUCAAAGUGAAUGGCAGAAAGAAAGGGUAUUUCCUCCAAAGGAAGACAUUUAUUCUUGGUCGCAUCAUACUCCUCUGUCCAAAGUUCGUGUUAUUAUAUUGGGGCAGGAUCCUUACCAUAACGUUGGACAAGCGCAUGGACUCUGCUUUUCUGUUCGACCAGGAGUUCCUUGUCCACCUAGCUUACUAAACAUAUACAAAGCUAUUAAAAUAGAUUAUGAAGAUUUUGUUAUACCAAAAACGGGAUAUUUAAUACCAUGGGCCGAUCAAGGUGUUUUAAUGCUCAAUGCUAGCUUGACUGUUCGUGCUCAUCAAGCUGCAUCCCACUCAGGAAAGGGAUGGGAACGAUUUACAACUGCUGCUCUUCAAAUUGCUCUAAAUAAACAUAAGCGUGGAAUAGUUGUGCUUGCUUGGGGAACACCCGCUAACAAGCGUCUUCAAGGUCUCCCUUUACAGUCACACUGUGUACUAAAAAGUGUUCACCCGAGUCCUUUGUCUGCUCAUCGCGGGUUUUUUGAAUGUCAUCAUUUUAAAAAAACAAACGAUUGGUUAGCUGAACGUUAUGGAGAUGAAAAUUCUAUCAAUUGGCAUGCCGUAUCCAUGCCCAUGCCGCCUUUAAAAUCAGCAGCUUCGAACAAGCCUUUGGAUGAAUCCGUUGAGAAUUCAUUGUUGGUGACUGAAAAUUUAAAAACAGAGAAACAAGAAGCAUGA